AUGGACUGCAGCGUGCGGGUGGUGGUGCGGUUCCGACCCGUCAACGAGCGGGAAAAGACGGAGGACACCAGAGGCGCGAGGGGCGCCGGCACGGCGUUCGUGGUGCGCGAGGACCAACGCUCUGUCGAGGUGGCGCGACCCGACGGCCAAUUCCUCGUCCAGCGCGGCUCUCCCGACGUCUUCUCCUUCGACCGCGUCUUUGGCGGCGAAGCCCACCAGGCGGACGUGUACGGUGCGGUGGCCCAGGAGACGAUCGUGUACGUUGUCCGAUCGGAUGUGCUCAACGGCUACAACGGAACAAUCUUCGCCUACGGCCAAACGGGUUCGGGCAAGUCGUUCACCAUGUUCGGCCGCGACAUCGACACCGAGGAACGUGGCAUCAUCCCUCGUGCCUGCAGCCAACUGUUCAAACACAUCACGGAGGACAAGGAGGGCACCGAGUUCACGAUCAAAUGUUCGUUCAUGGAGAUCUACAAGGAGCGGGUGCGGGAUCUGCUCAACCCCAAGAGCGUCAACCUCAAGGUCCACGAGACGCCCACGCGCGGCGUCUGGGUGGAGGACCUCACCGAGGAGUUCGUCGCCACCGAAGACGACGUGCUCGAGCUCCUCCGCUUGGGCGACAAUCUAUUCGUGCUGACGCUGCACCAGCGGAUGCCCGAUGGCUCGACCAAGACCGGUCGCCUCAACCUCGCCGACUUGGCCGGGUCGGAGAAGGUGGCCAAGACGGGCGCCAAGGGCAACACACUGGAGGAGGCCAAGAACAUCAACAAGUCGCUCGCGGCGCUGGGCAACUGCAUCAACGCGCUCACCACCAAGGGCAAGUCGCAUGUCCCCUACCGCGACUCCAAACUCACUCACAUCCUCAAGACGACCCUGGUGUGCACCUGCUCGCCCCACGAGUUCAACGCCGAGGAGACCAUCUCCACGCUCCGCUUCGGCCAAAGGGCCAAGACGAUCAAGAACUCGGUGCAGGUGAACAAACAGCGGAGCGUGGAGGAGCUCAACGAGAUCAUCGCCAUGCUGCGCAAGGAGGUGAAGGCGCUCAAGCGCUACGCCAUCUUCCUCGAGUCCGAGAUGCGCAAGCUCAAGGGCAGCGACUGGGCGCCGCCCAGCGUCAUCCCGCGCGCGGUGCCCGCCUCGCCCGCCUCCUCCGCCCGCUCCGCGUCCGGCAGCGGCCCCGCCGCGUCGCCCUACAAGCCCUCCACGCCAUCGUCGUCGGCCCGGUCCCUGGGCGGCGCCGGCACGCCGUCGCGCGCGUCGCUGAUGAUGGGCUCGACCCGGCGGGACAGCGAGGACCUGGGCGACGAGAUCGAGCAGCUCCAGGACGACCUCAAAGGGGUGCAAGAGGAGGAGUAUCAGAACAAGGAAAAGAUCUCCAGGCUCAAGCAGGAGUUGAACGAGAGGGAGUCGGAGAAGGAGCGGCUGGUCCGCGAGGUGGAGAACAAGGACAUGGAGCUGGGCUCGCAGGUCAGGCGACUCCACUACGAGCUCAAGCAGGCCCUGCUCGACGGGCUCAUGCUUGGCUCUGCAAUGCAGGUCGAAAACGCCACGGCGCAGCUGAAGGAUGCCGGCAGCGCGAACGAGGAGCUGCAGGAGGAGCUCACCCUGUCCAAGGAGGAGGUCGAGCGGCUGAUCAGCGACAGGGAGAGCCUCGUUGAGGAGCUCGCCAAGAUUCUCCAGCCCGAGCAGGCCCAGCUGAUCAAUCUGGAUGAGCUGCGCAAGAACCCGGCGGGGCGCGAGGCCAAGCGGGCCGAGGCGAAAGCGCAGGCGGAGAAGCGAGAGGCGGAGGAGUGGCGCAAGAAGGAGGAGCUCUACGUCAAGAAGUCGGCGGCGGCGGCGCUGCGAAUCGAAGAGAUGGAGCGCGAGAUGGAGGAGCUCCGCCAGAAGGCCCGACAGACCGAGCAGGCCCUCGACGAGGAGAAGCGGCGCGCGGCCCAGCGCGAGCGCGAGCUCAAGCGUCAGGUUGAGCUCAUGAGCGAGGCCGAGGACAUCGCCCGCAGGCGCGGGGCCGCCACCACCAUGAAGGUGGUCAAGCCCAUCCGCGCCUCCAUCAAGGAGCAGCUCUUCCAGCGCAAGUCGUUGAAGCGGCGCGAACUGGCCGGCGUGGUGCUGAAGGAGGGUUGGCUCACCAAAGAAGGAGGUCUCGUUCGUAACUGGAAAAAGAGGUGGUUCGUGUUGCAAGACGGCAACCUGUACUACUACGAGAACGCCAACAAGGUGACGGGCAAGGGCUGCGUGCUGCUCGAGGGGUGCGUGGUGACGCCGGCCGAGGGCGAGACCAAGAAGAAGCACUCGUUCGCGAUCUACCACGACUCGCGCCGCACGUUCUACCUCCAGGCCGCCGACGCCAAGGAGCUGAGCGAGUGGACCGAGGCCCUCACCGAGGCCAUCGACCACACAGGCCGCGAGAGCUCCUUCACCGCCUCCGACAAGAGCGAUUAA